UUCCCCAACAGCCUCCGAAACCCUCGGCCUCGCUAAAUUACGCCCAAUCCGCGGCCGCCACCACCGCCUUCUGCAUCUCUAAUAACAUUCACCACCGCGUCCGCCGCCACUAAAAGGCGCCUCUAGUUGUUUUUCUCCCGCAACCAUCAAGCCUUCCACCACCGGCUCCCGUUAUGAUGGAGUGGUUGCAAUAUAGAAGUAUUUAGUUUCCCCCUUAUUUACACCACGGAAAUUCGCGAAGAUCGAUGCGAGAAGAUAAAAUCUGCGCCGCCACAGCGGCGCCGGACUUCUCAUUUACCCUAGCACGAGUGGCGGUGGCGCAGAUCUGUCAAUCGAUAGGCUACAAAGGAGCCGAGAUGCCGGCACUCGAAGCCCUAACCGACAUCGCCACCAGGUAUUUGAAAGCGAUUGCCAAAUUAAGCGCGGAAUCCGCCAAUUCGAGUGGGCGCACGGAAUCAAACCUCUUCGACAUCGCCGCCGCGAUCGAAGAUUUGGCAUCGGUGCAAGGAUUCGACGGCUCGUGGAGAGUGCGAUCACGAUCGGUGUGGAGGUCAGCCGCGAUUAGGGAUUUGAUCAAGUGCGUGAAGCACAUGGAUCAAAUACCGUUUGCUCAGCCGUCGCCGCCGAUGAUGAGCUGCUCCGGUGUAGGUAGAGUGUUGAAUAUUAGGGAUAAUAGAUUGUGGUACAAUGAGGGGAAACUGAAGCACGUGCCGCGGUGGCUGCCUGCGGUGGAGGUGCGCGUAGAGGAGGAGGAGAAGAGGCGAGGGGAAGUGAUGUGGGAGGAGAGUUUGGAAAGGGAAGAGGCGGUGAAUUUGGGGAGCACUGAGAUGAAGAAGUUGAAAAGGGAAUGCUAUGAUGAAGAUGUGGAACAAGUGCUGGUGAAGAGAGGGAAAGUCAGAUUCAAAAUUGGGAAUGUUGGAAAAUUUAAGGUUAAUGGGUGAAAACAACGACGGUAGCGGCGGAGGGGAGGAAGAAGACGGUGGCUGCUAAAGCAACAUCGAUUUUUCCUUGCUGAAUUGGGGUUCUUACAGUUUAAUUCAACACCAUUGAAAAAAUAGGAUUUUGUCAAAAAAAAAAAGAAGAGAUUUGGGGACAGAAUUGCUGUUUGAAUGGUACAUACUGCAUAUCAAAUUAUUUCAAUUUGGUUUUGGACGAAAUUGGAUGGGCAUGGUAGAAUUUCAUUUUUUUAUAUGAUGGAGUAUAACUUUUUUAAGGAUCCAAUGAUAUACAUUUGAUAAAUAUUCAAUGCGUUGAAGAAUCUAAAUCCAUGUUUAUAUAGGUGUUAUUUUUGAA